AAGCGAAGAAGAGGAGGUUGUCUCUCAUUACCGACUUCAAUUUCUCUCUUCUUUGACUCUUUUCGGAGUGCAGAGUGCAGAGUUUGUGAGAGAGAUGGGUUUGAAUUGUGGCGGCGUUGUGGUGAGGUUUGGUUUGUGGGUGGCAGCGCUGUCCAUUGCCGGCUACAUAGUGGGUCCUCCUCUCUACUGGCACCUCGUCGAACUCCUCAACCAUUCUUCUUCUUCUUGCACUCCCUGCGUCUGUGAUUGUUCUUCCCAACCCAUCAUUUCCAUUCCCCAAUGGCUUAGCAACUCUUCAUUUGAAGAUUGUGCAAAGCACGAUCCAAAGGUGGAUGGAGACACCGAAAACAAUGUUGCAGAGCUACUGUCAGAAGAACUAAAUCUCCGGGAAACUGAAGCUUUGAAAAAUCAGCGUCGUGCUGACAUGGGUCUGCUGGAAUCUAAGAAGAUUGCAUCUCAGUAUCAAAAAGAAGCAGACAAGUGUAAUUCAGGAAUGGAGACAUGUGAGGAAGCCAGGGAGAAGGCUGAGAUGGCCUUAGUGGCUCAGAAGAAGCUCUCUGCAUUAUGGGAACUGAGAGCUCGUCACAAAGGAUGGCAAGAAGGGCUUGCCAAAUCUAAUUCUCGCUCUAAAGGGAAACUGCACUCUGCUUAGACUGCUGUGGCCUACAUACUACUUUCUAAUGGAAGUUAUAUAUAGUUGGGGUAGUAGCCAAUCAUCAUAGGUCCCGUAUAAUUCUGGUAUAUCCUUUAAGAGUCAAAACUGUAAAAUCCUAAUACAAAUGUUGCUGUAUUUCUAACCUCCAUUUUUGGUACUUACUAUAUAUUUAAGACAGUUGAAAGAUGAGAAGUGUUAGGUUUUUUGUGAAAAACUUCUUACAUAACAAAAUUGUGUGACUACUUGUUUCUGAAA